ACUAUCCUCGCUCCCAUUGGCUGGCUGGCUUUGUUGGUGCGUUUUGAUUGGCGACUGAUAGCUUUUAUUUUGAUAGUCCGCGUUCCGGUCAGAGCUCAGGACUGAAACGCGCAAGAGGUCUUUCAAGCCAAAGUGAGGCCGUCAUGAUGGCUGACUGUGCUACACUUGACAUGAGCAGUCAGCUCUGUGGACGAGAGGAACAGCGAGGAGAAGACUGUGUAGGAGGCCCAGAAAAUGAUGAGGGAGGUGGUUUGACGGAGGCUAAAAGAGAGGUGUUGGAAAGAUGUCUCCAUGCCCUCACACACGCCAAAAAUGACAGCCACACGUUGGCGGCACUUCUAUUGAUCACACGUUUGUGCCCAGCAUGUCAAUUGGACAAACCCACCUUGCGGCGCAUAUUUGAGGCGGUGGGUCUUAACCUUCCUGCUCGGCUGCUGGUGACCGCAGUGAAGGGCAGCGGGGAACCCAGCUUGCCCGCGCAUGAGCUCCUGUCAUUGGGUACGGCUCUGUUGUCUGCCCUGAGCACCGAUCCGGGCAUGGCCUCUCAGCCUCAGCUGCUCGCUACAGUCCCGUUACUGCUGGAAAUCCUCGCACGUGGUCCAACGAGCCGUGAGCAGAGGGAGAAGGGUCCCGAGAGUCAUCCUGGCGAUGAGGCAAAAAAGGAUAAUGAUGACGAUGCCGCAAACGAGGCGCCUAAAGUAACCUCACCUCCAGCAAAGCUUGACGAGGCCAUGGCUUCCGACUGCUACCAGGUGCUGACAGCUGUCCGCGCCUUACCCAGAGGUCCUGACCAGCUGUUGAGCCGGGGCGCCGUUCCCGCUCUCUGCCAGGCCGUGGAACAGAACCAGACCUUCAGCCAGAAGAUGGGCAUUCCCUUGCUGGGUUGCCUCCUCUCCGGUAAAACCAAAGAGAAAGCGUGGAGCAAACACUCCUCUGAACUGUUGAGUCUGCUAGUGACGAUGUCCAAAGACUUCUGCACAGCCACGGGACAGACCAGGCUGGACAUGUGCUCCCAAUUGGUCCAAUUCCUACCCCCAGUAGGAGUAACGGUAGAAAGGGAGACGCUAAGGGAAGUUGUGAGCCGAUUGUGGGGGGAACUGCAACCCAUGAUGCAAGCUAAAAUGACACCCAGACAGAUCGGGCCAGUUUUAGUCCUCAGCGCAUGUCUGCUUGAUUUGUACGGAUGGGAGCUGGCCGGACCACCAAAGUUCUGCUGCCUCCUGGUGAAUCGGGCGUGCGUGGAGGUCAGGAUGGGUUUGGAGGAACCCCCUGGCAGCGAUCUGAGCCAAGAGCAGCAGGACACACUGACAGGUUGUUACCGGAUCAUGGAGGCCGCGAUAGAGCAGGCUUGCAGCUCGGCAGUCACGGCCACAACCGCACCGGCUCAGGGCAGCAUCGCCAGCCUCAGUCUCCAGCAGAGCAGGCAGGUCCUUGGCGUGUUGGAGGAGGCCUUCUCGGCUUUAAUGUACCACCUGCAGCAGGUGGACCCGAGCCGCUAUGGCGAGCCUUUCAUUUUCGCCACAUUCCGCUGCCUGUGCUCAUGGCUGGCUGAGGAGACUUCCUGUCUGAAGGAGGAAGUGACCAAGCUGCUGCCGGUCCUCAUUGGCUACUCGCGGAGCCACCUGCUGGUCGAGAGCUCCGACCAGGGCCUCGCCGACUGGAUGGAUGAAAUGACGGUUGCUGGUGCCAGUGGGGCGUGGACGGGCAAAGAGGCGCUCAGGUACCUCCUGCCAGCUCUGUGUCACCUGUCUGCGGAGGAAGGUCCCCGAAAGGUGCUGCUCACCCUCGACACGCCAGCCUUGUUGGCCAACUACCUGUCGCACGGCUUCGCUUCCUUAAAGGGGAAAACCGCAGUGAGGGACCCCAGCAUGGAGACGGCCUGCUCGACCCUCCUUAAUUUUUCCGUCACUGAGCCUGAAAGAGUCAGGAAAGACCAACAUUUCAGAACUCUGGAAAAGCACUUAAGUGAAGCCCUUCCUGUUUUGGUGCAUAAACCAAGCCUCCUUGUCCUCGCAGCUAAUUACUGCACUUUGGGUUUGAUGAUUGGCAGGCUGAAAUCAGCUGGGACAGCUGAAGCCGGUCAAAGCCGCUUCUUCUCCACUGCCCUCCGCUUCCUCCUCAGCGCUCUGGACUCAAAGCCCAGCCCAGGACCGGUCAAGGUGAGCCCCGCCUGGGAGAACAGCUGGGACGAGGUCGCGGAACUCUGGAGGUUGGGCGUUCAGGCCCUGGGGGGCUGCGUGCGCGCUCAGCCUUGGGUCAAGGCGCUGGUCCGAGAGGAAGGUUGGCUGAGAAACACGCUGGGCAUGCUGGAGUCGUGUAGCGCGCUGCCGGACCAGCACACGCAGGAGGCGCUGGAGGAGGCUCUGUGUGCUGUGGCGGACCAGUGCCCGCUCUGCAAACAGGACAUUGGAGAUGCCAUGAGGAGGUGUGAGAAAGGAGCUCUGAGCUGCAUGAGGAAACUGAAGAAGGCUGUGGGAGUAAAAUAAGCUUCUUGAAAUAAAAUGAGCAAUCCUCAAUCCAUACGUGUUGUACCAAAUAUUAAUUACGCACGUCUAAUAAUAUAACUUUUAAUAAAGAAUUAUUUUCUUAUGGAACAUUAA